AUGGAGAUUGUCUCAUGUCGUUCCGUGAUGCUUUCUCACCACUCAUUUCGUGGGGAGAAAGCAUCACAGAACGUUGGAGCCUUGGAUUUGGCGUAUACAUCUGUUGUCCAUCUUUCGGUUCGCAUGAGAUCCUAUCACUUCGCUUUUUUUCUACUCCGUCCUCUACAUCAGAAAACCAUCACUAUCUUCACUGUUUUUUCAACAUCAGCAGCUGAUGACUCGGAACUUGAGGCCUUUCAUGAGGAUUUGGAGCAAGUCAUCCGCAAAGGGAAGUUUUUCUACAUAUUUGUCAUGGGUGACUUCAAUGCGAAAAUCGAGAUGUCAGAAGAAGGGGAACGUAGGAUCGGGAGAUUUGGAUUAGGACUCCGGAAUAAGAAUGGUAACCGUCUUGUUGAGCUCUUAACCGCCGCACGACUUUUCAUGGCAACUCCAUCUUUAUAA